CAGUGCAGCAGUAGGAGAGCGGAAUGGCCACAGUGCGGGAGAAAGCGGUGUCUUUGAAUCUAUGUGCGACUUACAGCCCCGCACAGCGACCCCCAGGUCCAAAUGGAAGCCAUAGACCAUUCCGAGCCACCUAUAUCUGGAGCAGCAUCAUCCAAGCUCUCACACAGGUAGAAGUGAAGAAGAGGCGGCACCACCUGAAGUACCACCAUGACUGCUUUAUCGGCUCUGAGGCCGUGGACGUUGUGUUUGCCCACCUGGUGCAGCACAAGUACUUUGGGGAUACGGAGAUUCCCCGCUCCAAGGUUGUGCGAGUGUGCCAGGCUCUCAUGGACUGCAAAGUGUUUGAACCCAUCGUGACGGCCUGCAUGUUUGGGAGGGAGAAGAAGAGGACGGUGUUCGAGGAUAGUAGCUGCAGCCUGUACCGAUUUAUAAACAAUUCAAGCCAUCUUGGUGCCCAGGUGGAGAAAAGCAAUGGACGUUGUACCCCUCAGAGACCCAAACACUCAAGCUUCCAAUCUGCGCCACUUAAGUCUCCGAGCCUGGAAGAUCUGUGGGAUAACCUCAGUCUGACAGCUGCAGACCCAACGCACAUAAACCUCACAGCCAACCUACCUCCCAAAGUUGUCGGUGAAGUUUGGCAAGAACAGACCAUCCGCCGACUUCUGCAGCUUGUAGACCUACCUCUGCUCGAUUCCUUGUUGGAGUACACUCCUGUCGCUCCCAGAAUUCCACAAGUGAAGGAAGAGGAGCUAAACCUCACCAGUAACUACCUGGACCGGGAGAUCCUUAAAGCCUUCAGUGAUGCUCAGGCAGAUGAGUGGGUCUCAGCCGCGGUGGAUUGCUUGGAUUUUCUGCCGGACCACAUGGUGGUAGACGUGAGCCGGAACCUCCCAGAGCAGCAGGCGCCAGACAGUAAAUGGAAGCUGCUCCUGUUUGAUACUAUCGGCAAACACUACCAGAACCGGUCCCCGCUGCUCAGAAACCAGCUGUUCGAUAUUCAUACUGGCAUCGCCGAGCUGCUUGUGAAUGGAAAGAAUGAACCCGCUCUGGAGGCGACCCAGCUCUGCCUGAAGCUGUUGGACUCCCCGAGCCGCGAGGAGUUCAGACGCCUCCUGUAUUUUAUGGCUCUUGCGGCAGAUCCUUCAGAGUUCCGACUGCACGAAGAGACUGACAACAGGAUGACUGUGAAAAGAAUGUUCUCUAGAGCCGUCGUCUGCAAUAAGAACCUGUCCAAGGGCAAGUGCGACCUGCUGGUAUUAUUCAUACUGGACCAUCACAAGGAUGUGUUUAAGAUACCCGGCUCCUUGCACAAGAUGGUCAGCGAUAAACUGGUAGCAAUUCAGCAAGGCAGCGAUCCAGACCGAGACACAGGUUAUACUUUCUGCCAAAGGGUGGACAAACGGGAAUUUGAUUCAGCCACGCAGAACAACACUCGGACGGAACUCUGCGCUUUGCUGAAGACCAUUUACGAGAACACCAGCCUCUCCCCCAAAGAGAAGAAACGGCUCCUGGGCCAGUUCUACAAGAGCCACCCAGAGACUUUUAUCCAGUACUUCGGAGACCGCGUGAGCAGCGUCUACACGUAGCGACCUCAGCCCCUCUGUGUAUAGAUCUGUACAAUGUCUUUGUAAAUAUGAAUUUGUUAAUAUAUUGAAUAACUAAUUGUUUUUGCACAUUUAAUAAACUUUCAAAUAUU